AUGGAAAGUUAUACGAAUACGAACCUUCUUAAAAGAGGUCUUCCAAAGUUGGUCACUACCACUACAUCAUCAUCUCUCGGUACAUACACAUCUACAGUCUCUACAAUUAUAAGCUCAGUAAAAGAUGAAUCACAGAAAAGUACAGCACAGUCAAUUUCAAGUUCAAUUUCAUUAUUAGAUUCAAGUUCAUUCGUGUCGUCAAGUUCUAUAGUGACGCCAACCAUUACACCGCCUUCUCCAAAUGGAAAUCCACAUAUUGCACAAAUGAUUGAUCUUCCACCUCGUGGAACCGUGUUUAUAGCAGUAGGGGCAUGCGUUGGUGCUAUAUUUUUAGCUAUAUUCGUAUGGUGGGCAAUUUCAACAUAUAUAUCGCAUCAAAAUACAAAAUAUAACGGACAAUUGACAUAUAAUCAUGGUGGUGAUGUUCAUAAUUCUAACAGUAAUUAUAAUAACGGUGGAUUUGGACAUAGACAUCAAAAUUCUUUAAUGACUCAGAUUACGUCAAGUAGUUAUUCAGAUAAUAACAGUAGUAAUUUUGAACAAGACGAAGAAAAAACUCCAGCCAGUGGUCGUGUUUCCGGUAAGACAUCGAUUUUUAAUUUAGCUCGCAGUAACACCAGGGAACCUUUCAUUGAUGAUGACGUAUCAUUUGAUUAUUGCGAACCAGAACAACAAGUCUUUAAUGUUAUUCAGGAUGAGGCAUUCGGGUAUAAUAAUAGAAGUUCUUUGUUUAUAUCACCAACUUUAGAAGUCAGCCAAAAACAAGCACAGUAUCAAAGAAGAAAUUCCAGAUUUGGAAACUUAGAUAAUGCAAUUAAUGAGGGAGACUUUUCAACUUUAUCUGUCGAUUCUACUUUCCUAGAAGGUAAUAUUGACAAACCAAAAAGAGCUGCUUCACCAGAAAGGAAGAAAAAAAUUAGGGAAGAUAUACACUAUCAUACAAGAAAUAAAUCUUCUCUGGGUUUAAACGGAACUGGUAGUACACCACCAAGUCCAACUAAAAAUGGAAAUCAAAGACAUAACAAGACACCUUCCAUGUAUUUAGAAGAUAUGUUAACUGAUGAUAUAUAA